UGUUUUUAGACUGUUUGACGCCGUUGGAUUUGAUUGGUUUCAUCUUAAUUGUUUUCUUGAAAACGUUGUAAUCAUGUCGACGGCUGUGGAAGCGACCGGGUUCAUCAUGUGCAUCAUCAGCUGGCUGCUGACCGGAUCAUCGCUCGCUAACGACUACUGGAAGGUUUCGACCGUGUCCGGCAGUGUCAUCAUCUCCCAAAGACAGUUUGAAAACUUGUGGCACGCCUGUGCCGAGAACAGCGCCGGCAUCGCCGAGUGUCGAGACUUUGAAUCGAUGCUCGCUCUCCCUGGUCACAUCCAGGCGGCUCGCGCUCUGAUGAUCGUCUCUCUGCUCGCCGGCCUCGGCUCCGUGAUCGUGACUCUGCUUGGACUCAAGUGCAUCAAGAUCGGCUCGGCCACCGAGCAAUCUAAGGCCAAGAUCGCCAGCUGUGGAGGAAUCCUGAGCAUCCUCGGUGGUAUGUGCUGCAUGGUAGCGGUUUCCUGGUACGCCUUCAGAGUCGUGGAAGACUUCAACAACCCGUUCUACGGCGGCGUGAAGUUCGAGCUGGGAGUGGGUCUCUACAUAGGAUGGGGCGGAGCGUGUCUGUCCGUGCUGGGUGGAAUUCUUCUUUGCACUGCCUGCAAGAGAGCAACAGCUGGAGGAAAGAAAGGCGGCCACUACCCUACGAGCCAGCAACAUAAGGUCUACACGGCUACAGCCAAGUCAGAGCCAGACUCUGCCAGAGCUUACGUCUAAACACACACACACACACACGCACACACACACACACACACGCACACUGACUUUGAGGGGACCUGCUUAUACCUGCGUGGGUGGACAGUCCCCACAAUGUAAUGAUUGCAAGAACACACACACUGAC